UCUUACCAGGCUUGGGCUCUAUUUAAAGGAAAGUUCCGCGAAGGCAUUGACAAGCCAGAUCCUCCUACCUGGAAGACACGUCUACGAUGUGCUUUGAAUAAGAGCAAUGACUUUGAGGAACUGGUUGAGAGGAGCCAACUGGAUAUCUCAGACCCCUACAAAGUCUACAGAAUUGUUCCUGAGGGAGCCAAAAAAGGAGCAAAGCAGCUCACCAUGGAGGACACACAGAUGACCAUGAGCCACCCAUACACCAUGACCACUCCUUACACCUCGCUCCCAGCUCAGGUUCAUAACUACAUGAUGCCAUCCCACGACCGAAGCUGGAGGGAAUACGUCCCCGAUCAGCCACACCCAGAAAUCCCAUAUCAAUGUCCUGUGACAUUUGGACCCCGGAGCCACCACUGGCAAGGCCCGGCUUGUGAAAAUGGUUGCCAGGUGACAGGAACCUUUUAUGCUUGUGCCCCGCCUGAAUCCCAGACCCCUGGAAUCCCCAUAGAGCCAAGCAUAAGGUCUGCUGAAGCCUUGGCCCUCUCAGACUGCCGACUCCACAUCUGCUUGUACUACCGGGAGAUCCUUGUGAAAGAAGUGACCACGGCCAGCCCCGAAGGCUGUCGGAUCUCCCAUGGGCACACCUAUGAUGCGAGUAACCUGGACCAGGUCCUCUUCCCUUACCCAGAGGACAACGGCCAGAGGAAAAACAUCGAGAAGCUGCUGAGCCACCUGGAAAGGGGCGUGGUCCUCUGGAUGGCUCCGGAUGGGCUCUAUGCUAAACGGCUAUGCCAGAGCAGGAUCUACUGGGAUGGGCCCUUGGCACUAUGCGGCGACCGGCCCAACAAGCUGGAGAGAGACCAGACCUGCAAGCUCUUUGACACACAGCAGUUUUUAUCAGAGCUGCAAGCGUUUGCUCACCAUGGCCGCCCACUGCCAAGAUUCCAGGUAACGCUGUGCUUUGGGGAAGAGUUUCCAGACCCUCAGAGGCAAAGGAAGCUCAUCACUGCUCACGUCGAACCUCUGCUAGCCAGACAACUGUAUUAUUUUGCUCAACAAAACAGUGGACAUUUUCUAAGGGGCUACGAUUUACCUGAACACAUUAGCAGUCCAGAGGAUUAUCACAGAUCUAUUCGCCACUCCUCCAUUCAAGAAUGAAAAAACGUCAAGACAAGGGAUUUUGUUUCAUUGUAAAUAUCUGACUUUGGAAAGAACAGCUGAUUGAACCACCCCUUUUUCUUUUGAGGAUUUAGGGAUUGGAGCUUCAGUUGAACACUUGAGAAUCUCAGCAAAAAUAUGUGUGGAAAAUCCGCUCCAUCUAAUUGACAGAUGAGCUUAUUCCAAAAAGAAGGAUGGUCUUCAGGGUAUUCUGUGGACCAUCAUUGAUGAUAACUGUGAAAAUUAACCAGAGGGUGUGUUUACAUUUACUUAAAUGCUAUCUCUAAUUUGAUGUGGAUUAUUUUUCUUGCUUAAAAACUGAGAAAACCUGUGUUUCAGUAUUGACCACUAAUUAGAGUGAUGAAAGCACUUAAGUGUUGUACUAUUUCUCAGGGAAGUAAAAUAUAAAUUUGAGGCUACACUGCCCACAAACGAAAUGGAUUAACAUACGUAGGAGAUGUUGCUCUUAUAGCAAAUUCUUGCUUGUAGAAGGAAACAGAAUCUUUGACUGAGGCUGGGCCACGAUGCCUUCAGUUUUGGGAUGACUCAUUUCUCCACCUGGCCUGGGUCUUACCCCAGGGUGGGCUUUCAAGCUUUGCCUUUCGCUGCCCCUGUUUGCUUUCUCUCUUUGGGUGUCCCUGGAAACCAGUUGGUAGACUCUGUUGCUAUUUUCUUGACCAAAAAGCAUUAGGGUUACCCUUGAGUAGUAAUUUUUAAAAUUUUGAUGUAAAAUUGAUACAUAACAUUAUAUGUUUCAGGCGUACAACAUUAUAAUUCAACAUCUGUAUGCACUACGAAGUGAUCACCCCCAAAAGUCUAGCUACCAUCUUUCACCACACAAUUGAACCCCUUCACCAUUUCACAGCCUCCCAACCCUGGUAACCACCAGCCUGCUCUCUGUAUCUAUGAGUUUGUUUUUGUUUAUUUGGUGUUUAUUUUUGUUUUCAGAUUCCACAUAUGAAU